GUUCGCCGGUGGGCGGCGGUCUGAGGGAGCCUGUUGCUUCUCCGGAGGUGCCCCGUUAAGGGAUGGGGAGGCCCCGAGCCCGCUGGGAGGAGGGCCAGUCCUAGCUCUGAGGCUCUGGCGGGGCAAUAUCCCUGCCCCCCCUCCCCACGUCGGCGGGUACGUCGGCGGGCCGCGACGCCCCUCGCCUGAGGAAGGUGGGAGUCAAUCAUUUUGACAGGUCUCCUGAAAGGAACAGCCAGAAGGAGUUGAAACUCUCUUCCAUUUGGUCUCGUGGCAAAGGCAGAGAUUGCUCCAACAGCUCCAUACAAUAUGACGUGCUCACUCGUGCCCUCUGAACGGUCUUCUAGAACCUCUUUUUUGCUUAAAGACAAUGCUCCAUUUUCUUGGGGCUCCUUGGAUGAGGAUGGAUUAGAUGACUCUUUGUUAGAGCUAUCUGAUGGAGAAGAAGAUGAUGGCCAUUUCAGUUUCACUGAGGAAGAGAUUGAGGUGCUCUUAAAGGAUGAUGGUGAUGAUGGGCAUGAUGAAAACAGAGGACCAGGGAGUCAGCGUCUACUCCAUAAUUCCCAAGAAAAAAAUUCAUCGUAUAGUUUGGGACCAGUAGCUGAGACCUCUGGCUGCUUCAAACUACCUCAGCUAAGUACAUCACUUGGUCAUGGACCAAAUUCUACAAAACCAUUAGACAGAAACUUUGUACUAGAAAAAAAUUUUGUGAAAGUAACUGUUGCACCAUUUAAUCCAACAGUUUGUGAUCCUGUGCUUGAUAAAGACAAGACUGAUUCAUCCAAAGAUACUGAAAAAUCCUCCUCCCUUGAGGAACAGAUGAGAGAAGAUGAUGAUCUUAGUCCAAAUGAGAGCAAACUUUGUACUGAAUCUGAAGGGACCAACCUCAAUUCCACCGUCAAUGGGUCCUUGCUCUCUUCUCCUUCAAACAAUAACCUGCAACAGACGGUUUCUGUGAAAAAUACACCUGGCAGCAAGAAAUCUACUUCUGAAUUCCCUCAGAUCUCAGACCAUUCAGAGACACCUAAUACAGGGUCAUCCUGGAAAAAUGGAUCACAUAAAUCAAGUUCUGAAGUGAGAAAUUCAGUUGUUUCCAGUUCUUCAAGCAGACAGAAUGCUCAUGACAAGGAUUCUGGGGAGAUGAAAGUUCGGGAGAGAAGCGAGAAAAGAGUACUAGGCAAAGUCAUUCCUGUUCUACAAACCAAAACCAGGACUAAUGUUUCGACAUUUUCACAGUCAGAUCUGGAAAAGCAGAAGGAAAUUUAUCUCAGCAGAGUCAUUGCACAUAUAGAAGAUCCAGGGGACUCCAAUCAAGGUACUUCGGGGGAGCUAGAUACCUUGAUGGAUCAAGUUCAUAUGCAGAACCCAGACUGGCAGCAUCCUUCAGAUCUUACUACUAGAAAUUAUGCCCGGUUCCGACAGAAACCUCUGCAAAGAUACAGUCUGACUCAGUGGGUUGACAGGAACAAGCGAAGCCAUCAUCGGUUCAAGCGUCUACCAGACUUCUCCUAUGGUCCAUAUGUCUCAUCCCAUCAGCAGUAAAGGUCCUAGCCAGGGUCCUAUUCAGAGCAGCAUCACUUUCUUCUGCUGUUUUGUGCUUUACAUAUUUUGAAGUUUAUUUUUCACAAAAUUUUUAUUUAACAAACUUGUCACCUUUUGGAAUUGCCCAUUGCUGACUUGAAUUUUUUUGUAUGAGGACCUUCCUGAUUUUGUGUGUUUAUGUGUGUUUAAGCAGUGUUAAAUUGAUGUGGGUUUUUUGUUUUUGUUUUUUUAAUUUAAAUUGACUGUCUCUUGAAGGCUAGCAUUAAGCCAAAACACCAGGUUCAUCAGAACAUCCACAUCUAUGCAGAGGUAAAGCCUACCUCUGGUGCCCAAAAGAAGUCAUGUUUUAAUCUACUGUGAGGAAGAGAUUCUUUACCAGGCUAUGAGCCAGUGUUAAUUGUUGCUGAUGUGAUGUCUUGUGAAUGGAUAUAAGUCACUUUGUGUGAGAGUGGGUGUGUGUUUGCGUGCUUGCACAUGUGCUGGUACUGGAGCUUGAAUUGAGGGCUUUAUGCUCUUGAUAGGCUUUCUUGCUGGCACUCUUGUCACUUGAGGCCAUGCCUUUAGUUCAGCAUUUUGCUGGUUAAUUGGAGGUGAAGUCUCACAGACUUUUCUGCCCAGGCUGGUAGAUAUAAGUCACUUUUAUUGACCCUUUUUACUUCUUAAAUUUGAAUCUUUGAACACUUGUCAGUAUUUUAAAGUUGGUAAUCAGGACAUUUGAAGUAGGAUGGAGUAGGAGAAAAAUCCUAGUAAAAGGAAGAAUUAAAAAUAUAAAUCCUCUUUCUGUACCUCUUAGCUGCCGUUGUUAAUAUUUAUUAUUCGCUAUCUUCAUUCUCGGCUAAAUUUAUUUUGCACAUAUUGUUUACAAAUCUUACACAUUCUUAAUUGACAGAAGACUUCUGACUAACCUCUGUUGAAUGCCUUGUGGUUUUCUGAUUGUCUUCUCUGUUCUUUUUUAAGGAUUUCCCUCCACCCCACCCAGCAACUCACUUUGUUCCCUAAGGUUCUACAGAUAGUAUUUCUGUAUCAUGUUAAGACUUGGAUAUGCCAUAUGCCUUUUCAGAAUGGUGUUUUUCUUUUCCUUAUCAAAGAGUUGCCCACCAGUUUUGACUGAUCCACAGACCAGUGUUAUUGAGGUGUCUGUUGGUCUUAAGCUUCAUCUUCUGCUCCCCAACCUUAGGAUGUUAAGAGUGCUUCCUUCCCAUGGAAGCCUUUGGGGAGGCACUCUUAUCUCCCUCAUUAGUUAAUAGGUACUUUUAGACCCUGGAUGUUACUGUCAUUUUUGGUCAGGCCCCAGAUACAUAGUUUCACAUAACUGCUCAAGUGGGUCUAAGAGAAUUGUGAUUGAGCCAUGCACAAAAGCAUUACUUGAUCUUAAGGUUUGGUAUUAUAACCAAAGCUAACAGACUUUGUGCGUUUUUCUUAAUGGAUAUCUUAGGAGUUUGUUAUUCUCUCUUGGAAGGUUUUGCAAUCUGGCAUUCACACAGCUGUUAUUUACCCUCUGAAGGUUGUUCAUAGCUCCUGUAGCCUCUAUCUAGUUUUCUUUCAUCAGCUCCAUCUUUGUAUGUAUGUAAGCAAUCUUAAAGAAUCCUACCCGAGUUUAGAAACUGACUUGAGAAAAGCAUGGUCAUUCAAGCCUCCAAUAAAUUUGGAUAGGUGUUUCUAAAUGUUUAAUGUUUUUGUCCAGUCAAAGAUUCUCUUUCCUUAGGCAUUUGAUUUAAAUUCUGCGAUUACAAUUCAGUAGAGGAAUUCUAUGUGAAGGCAGUAGUCAGAAUCUGUUAUCUUAGUUGGGUGAUUGGCAUUUAUGUCAUUGGUCGCUUCUCUAAGCUGCCUGAAAUUAGCCUGAUGGAGUGAGACAAGCCAAACAUACACCUUUGGGACCAAAGCAUAGUUGAAAUUAAACAUAGCCAGACUAGCUAGCAUUGCAGCUGUCUUGUUCCUCACAGGUAACCCAGGGAGUGGAGGGACAGCAUUUUGCCUAGGCAAAAAUCUGAGACAUUGUUGGCCCUCCUGGUAUAGGAAGGUUUUAAGACUAAAUGUGUAAUAAGAGCGUUGCCUUUGCCAAAUCAAAUGAAUGACAGGUUAACUAGAAAAUGUGACAAUCACAUUUCCUCUUGCUCAAAUAAUUCUGUUUUCCAAGCUUUAGCAGCUUAAUUAAAUCUGUUGGACUGGAGGAGGAGAGAGCUGUUCUUUAGUGGUUAACAUGGUAUUCUUAAAAAAGAAAAACAAAGCCAAAGAAAACUCAUCUGGCAUAUUUGCCUUAAGAUGGUAGUGGGUAGAAACUGGACUUUUAAUCUCUUUUCAAAGCUGCAUAUUUCCUAUGUUUGAUUUUGAUGUAAGUCUAGUAUUUCAGGUAGAAUUUUUGCUAUAUGUUUAAAUUUGAGUAAGGGUUAUGUGCAUUUAACUGGGUAAGGGUUAUGUGCAUCUAACUGCUUUCUUCAUCCAUGAUGACAUUCUUUCCAUAGGGGUCUUGACAAAGCAGAGUAAAAAUGUGCUAUUUAGUUUACUUCUAAAAUGGAGCCUGAGAUAGCCUAUAGUUUUCAUCUAAUACAGGUUCUGAUUUACUUGCAUUGUUGUCAGGAUCAGUUAUGAAACUGAAGUUUAGUGCCUCCUCUUUAUCAUGUUUCUUCCCUUGUAGCAGUUGUGUUUAAUGUCAUUAAAAAGAAAUAAAAGUUCUU